GUUUCUGCUGUGACUUUAACAUUAAGUUUCUCUGUGGCAAACUUUGGCCACACCUAGAUCCUGUCCAUUUCCCCAAAAAAAGAAAGAAAAAAAAAAAAAACAUUCACAGAAACCCUGCUUUUUUAUUUUUUCCUCUGUGGUGCGUUUGUUUGUGUGACGGCGAGUCCCGGCGGUGUAACCGGAGAGGGGCCUCAUAGAGGGAAUGCAGGACUGCAAUGGAGCACAAUGCAAUACAGUGGUUGGGUGCCCCCUCCUGCCAGCGAGGCAGCUACGCCUUCUACAAGUCGGUGAGCAGCAGAGCUCAUCCCGACGGACCGGCACAGGUGUGGAAGCUCGGCGAGUUUUACUUCAUCCGCUGUGGACCGCAGGAUCCCGUGUGCAUUGCUGAGGUGACUUUGCUGUGGGAGGACCAGACACGCCGCCACCUGCUGGCCAGCGCCAGACUUUACUUCCUGCCUGAGGACACACCGAAGGGCCGCACAAGGGAGCAUGGAGAGGAUGAGGUUCUGGCGGUGUCCAGGAAGAUGGUGUUGCGGGUGGAGGAUCUAGUGCAAUGGGCGUGUGCGGAGCCAUCAUGUUGGAGCAGCUAUUUGAAAACACCACCAGCCUGCGGGAUUAACGGCCUCCACAAACCUCCACAGAGCAGCGACGAAAAUGGCUGUGACAAGACGAGCAUCGAGCCCCUGGAAGUCAAAACUGAAAACGACCCUCGACAGGGAAUAUCCAUCCUCAGCUACCCGCAGUACUGCCGUUUCCGCUCCCUGCAGAGGCGCCUCCUGGACGGGGCGAGGGGCCCAGGGCUGCAGGAUCCCCACCUGCUGGCCCUGGGAGGCGUUCAGGCGCUGCCCCACAUCCGGCUGAUGUACUGCAGGGACACCUUCAACCACCCGACGCUGGAGAACAGUGCCGGCUUCUCCUGGCAGUUUAGAUGUCCGUCUCUCAGUCUACGAGGGCGACCUCGCAAGAGGAGAGGCAGAGACGGAAAAGACUCCCCGAACUCCAACCAAUCAGAGUCCUGGAUCGAGAGGAUGAAGGAGAACGUGAUGGGCAGUGUGGAGGUCGGCUGUGAGGGCAGCUGGCUCCCUCACCCGGAGGAGCAGCUGUUCCUGGAUCAGCUCUUCGCCUACAUGGAGCGCCUCGGCUCACCCAUCCACAAAGUCCCCAACCUCGGCUUCAAGAAGAUUGACCUCUUCCUCAUGUACUCAGUGGUUAAGCGGCUCGGAGGAUACAAAAAGGUCACAGUGGACCGUCUCUGGAAAAUAGUGUAUAACGAGCUGGGAGGAUGCGCCGGCAGCACCAGCGCUGCGACCUGCACCAGGAGACACUACGAAAGGCUGAUGCUUCCUUAUGAAGAGCACCUCAGAGCAGGAGGAACUGAAUUCAAAAUCCCAGAAUGCCCCAUGCCUCAAAAACCCAGAGCGAUCAGAGGAAGAAAACCACUUCAGAGAGGCAGGAAACCAGGACCCAAAUCCAAAGAAAAGAAGAUGACGACUACUGCUGCUGCUUGUUCUCGUACUAUCGUGACCCCGAACGGCACCUUGGUGGUGAAGAGAGGACGAGGAAGGCCGCCCGGCACCCGCAAUAAAUCCACACUGAUCGCUCAGGCUAAGAUGAUGGCUCAGCAGCAGGCUAAAGUAAAAACAGAGUCCGAGUCUCAGCUGCUUAAUCCUUUGUUGCAGGGUGGGGGAGCUCCAACCGUCAUCAGCACACACAGGCCCAUCCAGCCAGCCAUCCUCACCGUUAACAUGCCCCUCACCCCGGACCUCUCCCCCAUGUCGGCCCCCUUCCUCCCCUUCCAGCCCAAACCAAAGGAGCUGAAGUCGGACCGAGGGGAGUCAGCGGCUCCCGUCCUCCUCUCCACGCUGCCUCGCCACUUCGUCGGAGGAUCUCUGGGCGGUUUCAGCCCCAUCAAAGGCGUCUGCCCUCUCGACGUUUUCAGGAACCGUAUCAACCUCCAGAGGGGCCCCGAGAGCCCCGCCCUGACGCCUCAGGAUCCCCCCACCCAGCACCAUCCCACAGUCUACACACUCCAGCCCAAAAGUGGAAGCCCGGACACACCAACACAUCCCAGCAGGGACUCGCUCCAGCCUCAGCCCCACCUCCACCCGCUGCACCAGCAACACAACCACUGCUCGGGGUGCGUGGUGGACGAGGCAGCCCAGCAGAGAGGAGUCAGUCGGGACGUCAGGAACCGGCCUCCUUUGCCCCCCCUCCGCGUCCUGCCUCUGAACCUGGACUGCAGCGUUCAGGUGUGCCAGCUGAUGAGGACUCGCCUGGGCUCGUCUCAGUUCCAGACCUUCACCCGCCGCCUAUCCGAGGCUUUAUCCCAGGACCUGAGCAGCAAGCCCCCCUGCUCGCCCAUCACGCCACCCCCCGAGCAGGCGCUGCCGCUCAAUCUCAGCAAACGCUUUGCGGCUAAGAGACCGAGCUCAGAGGGACAGGAGUCGAGUCACGGGAACGUCAAUGGGAACGCGGAUCAACCUCUGUCCAAGAGACUGUGCUCAGAGACGGCGGAUAACUUCAGUCCAGGAGGCCGAUCCGGCUCAGGGGGCAGCGGUGGGGAAGGAGAGCAGGAAGUGGAGAUGAGGAACCAGGAGGAACCAGCAGACCUUAGCUCGCCCAGCAGGAUUAGAGCGUUCCUGCUCGGCCUGCCACCCUUCCAGGUGAAAUUUGAGGAAGAUCUGAACGGGACAAGGUUUGGGAAGUUUCUCUCUCCAGGACCUAUGGAAACCCAGAGAUCCGCCACAGAGACAGGAGAGGGAGGAGUGGCGGUAAAGAAGGAGGAGAUGGAGCAAAGUGAAACUGAGAGGAGCAACAAACAAGAGGAGAAGGAUCACCUCUCUGCUCCGGCAGAGCUAAAGAGAGCCGGGCCCUCAAACACUGACACACACUGUUUUUAGCAUUUAUUCACUCUGUUGAUAUGAGCAGAAAACUGACUGAAAUAUCUGGGAUUUAUUGGUUUUGGAAUGUGGAAAGUUGUAUCCACCGUGGGGCUUGGAGUUUGUCUUGGACGCUGGACGCUUCAGUGUUGAUCCGGCUCAGGGUAAAGCCUGGAUACGCGGAGCAGGGAUGUUUCUUUGCUCUUAUAUCUGAGAACAUUUGAACUCACAACUUCUCUUUGUUUCCAGUUAUGUCUCCUUGUUAUUUCCUGUUUUUCGAUCAUGUCGUUAAUUGAACUCUGCAGAGGAUAGAUGACACUGAGACUCAUGACAAUCACAAAUCAGUUUCUCUUCCUUUCUCUGUCGGUUUCUGUCUCUAUAAGGUAAAAAAGGAAACAGAGGAGUGAGACUGUGACUCUUUUACAAACACUGCCAUAACUCUCCAUAACACUAUUAACUCCACUAUUCAAUGUUAUGGUUAAACAUUGAAUAAGAUCCAUAUAACUUAAAAUAUAAAUAAAUUCUAUCUAUUGGUGAUGCUAUGCAUCAAGACGUCAUAACGAAGCAUCUCGAGUGUACUGUAGUUGGUAGUUUCAUUUUUAAAUUGUACUCUACUUCUGUAGAGAGAUAGUUAUUUUCUGAUAAAAUGUCUCAAUGUUAUGUGGAGCUCCUGGGUCUUCACAUUAUAGCUCGUUACGUGAAGCCUUUCUAUAGUCCUGCUCGUUAGCUGAAAGUAUAUAAACUCUUCUUACACAUAUGUGCCUUAAUGGCCUGCGAUCUGUUUCAUCGCCGGCUUCAAAUACAUUCACUUAAAGAGAUACCUUGAUGUUGCACCUCUACGUUUUUCCUCCACACCUCAGAAGGGCUGGGUAUGAAGUACUCACAUGGAUAUGAGAUGGUAUAGAGAAAUAUAAACUAUGAAAUAAGCCAAAGUCGUCAAAUUUUGAAUGUUGUCCCAGCGUUAGCAGCCAUACAAUAAUUGGUGUGACUAAAGCUGGUGAAAAAGGAAGGUUAAAUCAGGAGGAGAACAAAUCUGACCACACAUUCAAUGCCAGCUGUCUCUCCUUCUCUGUGCUGCUGACACGUUUCAUAGUAAACAGUGUUGAGGUUCGAUACCCGGCCCUGCUUUUGUUAUUGUAAAGACAGCGGCCCCGCGUUAAUGCCGCCAUCUCGCCUUCAUUACAACCUCUCAGGGCUGGGCGAUAUAUAGAUUAUAUCAAAUGUCAAGAUAUAUUUGUCCCAUUACCUCUGUCAAUACUGUGACGACAUUGUAAAGUUGUUGCUUUCAUAGACUGAGCUUUUUUAGAAAUAAUCAAUUAUGUGUUGAUAUAAUGACUCAUUAAGUAAAAGAAAAUUAUGAAUAUAACAUCACUUAACUGUAAUUCAGCUUUUAAAACUGAAAAGACAACACUCAUGCCACAACGCAACAUCUGAAAUCCAACACUAUAUCGCCCAGGCCUAGUUACUCUGUUCAGCAAAGGAGGAACACAUUAACAUGUAGCCCAGACAUUCAGACUACCUCAGGUUCUUUCUUUUUCAUUUCCACCUGCUUUAUCUGUUUUAAGGGGGGGGGGGGGCUGAAGCCUGUCCCAUGAUGCAUUUGGGCAGGGGGUGGAUUCUGUCCCAUAAAUGCAGCCUCAGUUUCAACACUGUUCACAGAAUCAGGUUCGGAGUUUCCCGGUUUCACACAUGUAGCACAGAACAGAGGGAUGAAAGUACUCUGUUUUGGUUUGGCCUGAUUAGACGCAAGUUACACUGCGAAAUCGGUUUAUUAAUUUAGUCAGAAAUAACCGUGUCUCUUGCUGUUUACUUGAGUUUUUCCAGACGCUCGCAUUUCCUGUUUCACCAAAGAACAUGUUUCGGGUUCCUUAACUUUUAAACCUCUUCACUUCCACACCCAGCUUCUUCCACUUCUUCAUCUAAAGUGCCAACACAAACCACCGACUCCAUAUUGUGACAGAUAACUUUGUGUAGCUGAAAGAAAAUGAAAAAAUGUCAAGGUAUCCCUUUAACCGCAGCCUUUUUUCCUUCGGUUUGUUUCAGAUUUGCACACCUACUGUACCCAUGUGCUUAAUUUGUUACUCCAUAUUUAUAUUUUCCACCUUUUAUUAUCCUCAAUGCCAAUGUUUUUUUUAUUUUGGAAGUGGAAAUAACUACGACGCCGAUUUCCCCGGUGCUGUUUAUUUUUUAGUUAUGUACUCAUGUUGUUAUUUUUGUAUUCAUAAAGCUGCAAAUUAUUUUUCAUUUCAACAAGUCAUUAAAUCUUCUUCAUCGACUUUUUCCUGCGUUUGAAACUCACAUGACUUGCUAUGAAAAUAUUUGCAGUUUUUCCUGCUCUGUUUGACUGUUGUUGGCUCGGUGUGAGACGGAUAUGAAUAGUUUGUGAAUGAAUGCAUGAGUAGAGAAAUGUAAACCUAGUAGAUUGCUGAAGAUGCACCAAAGCACACGUUACUCCUCCAGAAAUCACCGGACCUCCAAAACCUUUCUAGAAAUAUUCCUCAUGAUGGUAGAUGUCAUGUUGUUACUACUAUACCAUGAGGAAGGUCUUCUUUUUCUUGAAAACUCACAAGUAUGCUAAUCUUACACCACGAGUCUUAUAUGCUUUAUGUUUUCCUCUGCUUCCUCCUGUCUGUAAGCUUUUAUUUAUUAAGGCAAGGUGUUUCCGAGCAGUAAAGGCCUCAGUGUGCUUCAAAGGUGGAACGUCUGCGACUCAAGAUAAGUGUUGUAGCUCCUCAAAGAUUAUGGGGUAGAAAAGUAACCAAGUGGUGAUUAGACAACAUCUUAAAUAGGCCUGGUACGGCACGUUUGUUUGAUUUUUAUAACUGUCUUGGCAUUGAAAUUGGUGAAAACCGUGCACUCUUUCAACAGUCUCAGCUAUAAGUCGUUCAGUGUUGCACAAAGUUGUAAGAAAAAGUGACAGAUGUGGAGAGCUUGCUUUAAAACUACACAUACGUACAUAGGGUCAAGCUGUUGCUCUGUCAGAAUCAGAAAUCCUUUUUUCAACCCACAGUAGGAACAUCAAGAGCGCUACAACAGCAAUGGCACAGUCAAAUUAAGCUUAAACUACCUUUACACUAGCCAACUCCCUUAUUAACUGUUGCUAGCCUUUCACUACAGGACUCUCCCAUGAUAUGGCUGUGCUAUCGUAAAAAAAUCCAAACUAUCUAAUAUUCUGGUAAGUGUAAUUCUUCCUGGCCUUUGACGUUACACCAGGCUUGUAAUUGAAUUAUAUAUCUUCAUUGAACAAGGAUCAUGCUUAAAAAUACAUUCAUUUCAAAAGGUAAGAGACGUUUUUAGCCAGAUGGAAACUAAAUCAGCAGGAGGGGUGAUGGACAUUUCAGUUUUGAAAGUUUAAAAAAUCUCCAAUUUCAAAAAGUCAUUUUUGCAGUUUAAGAAAUGCCCUUUUAAACAUUUUCCAGAGGUUUUUGUUUCAAAUGAAUCCUCUGACAAUCUUUUGUAAUGUUCGAUAAUGCUAAAGUAGAGAAAUAAUACAGUUCAAGCUCUGUUCUCAAAAUAAUUUAUAUCAUCUGUUCUUCUGUCACUUUGCAAGUGCAGCACCGGAGAUCUCUUAGUGAGAAACUGUCUGAAAGUGCGCUCCAUUUCCCCAUUUCAUCAAUUUAAUGUGUCUCCACCUCUUCCUUUUGAGAAACACACACCGUUUUAUCUGUCGGACUGUCCUGAACAUUUGUUUGCCUUUUUUAUUUUGGCUUACUUUUCCUCCAAAUUCAUCUUUUUGUUCAUGACAACAAAAAUGAAAAAAUGAAGAUCUUCUAGUUAAGAGUUAAACCUGUAUGAGAGACAAAUAUUUUCUCUUCACUGGUUAUUUAAGCUUUAGUUUGUUAAAAGUUUCUUACGGUUCAAUUUCUUUUUUUUCUCCCUUUUUUUAUAAAGAUGUUUACAUUUUGUUAUGCAUGUUCAAACACAGUUGUUAUAUCCAGUGUUUUGCACACUUCAGCAUCAGUCUUGAACGGCACAGCUCAUUAAUGUAAAGUACUUAAAAAUGAAGUGCCUCAUACUUAAAAUUGGAGUCGAUAUUUGAAAGUAACAUUUGCUCAUUAGCCUUCAUGCCAUUGAUGACAUGAAGGCUCUGGUUUUUGUGUGAUGUCUGAUUGAUCCUUUGUUUUGAAGGGAGAUUUUCCCGUUAAAAAGCGACAGCAGGAUGCAAACAGGACCUAUAGGACCGACACCGAUCCGGUGAGCAACAUUCAUGAAGAUAAAUGAUCACAAAUUAAAGGUGCCACAUGUGCUGUUUUAACAUCUGGGAUUUUUAACAAGGCAGGAAGAGGGCACUGUUUGUUUCUACAGCAAACAAAUAAACAGUAGAAGAAGGGUACAUUUGUUGGGAUUUAUUAGACAUUGGCGCUUGGACAAACCUAUUUCUUUUUAAUUCAUUAUGUUUUGAUUAGCCGUCUUCAGUUAUUCCAACAGAUUACCGAACUGCAAAACAGUUUUUCUUUUAAUGCGUAAACAAAAGAUUUAUAAUGGAAUUAAAUUGGAUUCAUUGGUUGGUCUUUAAAACCUGUUUCCAAAGGGACUUCUUGACCAAAAGUCAAAAAGCCAAAGCUAUUCGCUUUACUAUCACAAAGUCAAAGACAUUUCCACAUUUAAUAAACUGAACCCAGCUCAUUUUCUAUAUUUUUGUGUAAAACGUGACUUAGUUGCUGAUGAGAUUUCUGCCCAAAAGAUGAAUUAACAAUCGUUUUAGCUUUAAAAAUGUCACGAAGUUAACAGAAUUUGUCGCAAAAGUUACUUGUAGUAAACUUGAAAUGUAAGACUACAAAUAAAUGCAGCAAAUGGGUUUAUAGGAAAUGUAGUGUUCAUGAAGUAAAAGUGUUAUUUCAUCAUGAAGAUGUGGAAUAUUGAUGUUAUAACUGCUGCAUGUGGCACCUUUUUAAAAAAAAUGGUUGGAUGUUAAGUACCAAUGAAUGUCUCAGUCACCUGUGAUCUUAUUUCUAUCAUCACACCCCUUCUUCUCAUGUUUUGUUAUUCUUUCUCCUAGAAACAAAGGUUAAAACUCUCUCAAAAGCAGAAGUUGUGAUCUUUCCUUCACAAAUCGUUGAGCUUUUAAAGAGAAUCCAUGUUUUCUGGUGUAUUCAGUCAUCUGCCCGUGUGCACAGGAGAUACUGGAGCUUCUGAUUGACUCUGUAUUAACAUGUAAUGUGAUAUGAUGAUCGCAUAUCUGCAGCACAAACUCCGGUUCCAUUUCUUUUUUUUCAGUUUCUAUAUGCGGUAAAAACGGCUGGCAGUGUCAGGUACCAUUCCAUUUUAACACUGUAUAUUUAUAAUAAAAGUCAUCUGUUAAUAAAACA